AUGCAAAGACGCACUUUAGGACGAUUUCUUUCGGGGAUCAAAGGGGUUUAUAAUGAACUAAACCCAGCAACUCUAACGGGUGCAUUAGACGUGGUAAUAGUUGAGGACAGUAAUGGUACAUUCAAUUGCGGACCUUUUCAUGUGCGCUUUGGAAAAAUGGGCGCCAUCAAUCCGGCAGACAAGUCUGUAGAGUUGUACAUCAAUGGAGAGCUCGUGACAUCCCUUCAUAUGCGUUUAGGGAGCGCAGGAUACGCCUACUUCGUUGAUGGUGCAGACGCAGUAGCUGCUGACAGUGACUCAGAGUCAAACAUCUCCGUACCUCUGGACAGUUCUGAAGUUCAGACACCACUUUUUCGUAUGCGUUCGGCUGAGGAUCUAACUGAUUCUGCUAAUGUGACCAUAAGCAACCGUCGACGCCGAAGAAAAGUUCGGAGGGAUGCAACCGUUACGUUUUCUAAGGACCCCCUCAAUGCGUCUGCUCAAUCCUCACCAAAAGAAGUUCAUGCUACUGGGUCCCCAGGUGUGUAUUUGGAAGAUCUUGUGACAACUAAAGUUGAUGAAAGCGUCAAACAGGCUUAUUUGUACAUGACGACAUCGAAAAUGCAGCAAAGUGACCACUACUCCAGUCAAGAAUUAAAUACUGUGGAUGCAGGGUACAGAUCGGACACUGAACAAAGUGCUGUGCACUCAGUCUCCGGUUUAAACCUUGUCCGGGAAUUGAAGCUUUCAUUGUGUGGCGGUCUGUCUGCGGACUCCCAAAUAAACGAGGAACGCUUUUACGCUAGCCUGGUGACCUUUGAGGAUUUUUCCAAAGAUCCUGCUGGAAUCAUAUCUAACCCAAACUUAGUGCUUUUUCUGAAUGGAAAGUACUACAACUGGGGCAUGGGAGCCCCCUUACUUCUAAGCUACAUUUGUUUUCAGACGGAACUCCCCUACAGUUCCGUUCUUCGCCUUGAACAAGAUUUUAUGCCGAAAAAGCGACCCCGAAAGAAAACAUGGUUCAGCUGGGGCGCAACCGAACCCGAGACUACGAAACCUGAACCAGGAAAAUCAGAAGAUCCAGUGUCCAACAUUGAAAUAACCGAGAUAACGGAUGAACUUAGCAAAGACCCACCAAAACCGGAAGCCCCGAAAGAAGACCCACCAGAACCGGAAGCCCCGAAAGAAGAUCAUAAAGUCGAGGAUAAUAAAGAUCGACCCAGUAGGAAACUUAGACUAACUUCAGAAGAAGUUCUGAACCUAGGCUUAAAACCGGGUUUAAAUAGUGCUGAAUUUCGCAUUGUAACUAAGUUCCAGGGCACCUACAGUUGCUCAGCCAACAUCUAUUUAUGGCGCUCAGACGAUCAACUAAUCAUAUCUGACGUCGACGGCACUAUAACGCGCUCGGAUCUUCUUGGCCAUGUCUUACCUAUGCUGGGUCACGAUUGGACGCAUGAUGGAGUAGCUGAACUCUAUAGCAAAAUAGCCUCCAACGGGUACAAGUUCGUCUAUUUGUCUGCUCGUGCAAUCGGGCAAGCAGGAGUCACCAGAAGCUACCUUGAGCAUGUAUUUCAGCGCGGAAAGUACCGACUGCCAGAUGGGCCUGUUCUGUUAUCUCCUUCCUCCUUAAUGGAUGCCCUUCACCGUGAAGUUAUCGAAGGUAAACCAGAAAUUUUCAAAAUCCAGUGCCUCGCGGAGUUAAAAGAAAUUUUUGGGCCCGAUGCAUCACCUUUCUUCGCGGCGUUCGGCAACAGACAGAAUGAUGUGCUUGCAUAUACUGAGGCCGGCUUUGAGCCUUGUCGUAUCUUUACCGUCAACCCCAAUGGAAUGCUACGCAACGAGUGCCUGACCGGCCACAGCAGCACAUUUGAUGAGCUUAUAUCCUUGACUGACCAUAUUUUCCCCUGCCUGUCACCACAGCACUGCUCUUCUUACGAAGAAGUGGAUGCGUUUCAACAGACAGAUUCAGAGGACGAAUCUCCAAAAAGUGCUAAUGCGCCCAUUGACAUGUCCGUGUAUUCUUCCUUUGCAUUUUGGCGGAACAACUCAACCUAUGUUCCCGAUACUUAA